AUGAAUGUAGCCUACUCUGACGACGAUCUAAUAGAUUUCAUUAGCCUGGCCCAAUCGAUCAGUGCUGAACAUCCAGUGGUAGUUAGUAAAUUUAUGCUGGAUGCCAAAGAAAUAGAUGUGGACGCUGUUGCCCAGGCUGGUCGACUAGUGGCUUUUGCUGUCUGUGAGCACAUUGAGAAUGCUGGAGUACAUUCUGGCGACGCCACACUCGUAACCCCGCCUCAGCGCCUUAACCGUGAGACGAAGGGGCGUAUCGCUGAUAUUGUCACCACAUUAGCUGAUGAGCUACAGGUGAGCUAUGGGGAACCAUAA